GGGGCAGGAGCCCGGCCGGGCCUCGGCAGCCUCCGAGCGCCCGCACCGCGCCUCAGCGCGCCCCUUAACGCCAGCGGGGACAGGAGGGCCCCGGGAAAUCCCUUCCCGUCAGGUUUCCUCAGCGGUAUCUACAUAGCGGCAUGGUGCAGCACAGGACAUAAGCGUAGCAUGUGUGUGUGCCUGGGGACCCGCUCCUGUUUGUGAACAGCUGCGAAGCUUCAUUAAAGACUAGAACCAGCUGAAGGACGUAGCACUGUACCAUGUUUCGCAAUGCCCUAGGAAAAACCUUUCGAUUUCUUGGGUAUACUGUGCAAUACGGCUGCAUAGCACAUUGUGCCUUUGAGUACCUUGGAGGAGUUGUUGUGUGUUCUGGACCUUCAAUGGAACCAACAAUUCAAAAUUCUGAUAUUGUCUUUUCGGAGAACCUUAGCCGACACUUUUAUUGCAUUCGAAAAGGAGAUAUUGUAAUUGCGAAAAGCCCUUAUGACCCCAAAUCAAAUAUCUGUAAAAGAGUAAUUGGCUUGGAAGGGGAUAAAGUCUGCACAAGCAACCCUUCAGAUUUCCUUAAGAGUCACAGCUAUGUUGUAGUGAAGUGCCUAGAUGAUGGACAAGCACUAUACAAAGGUGCUGGGCAGGAGACAUUGCACUGGAAAGGUCAGAAUGCUGCUUUACAUCGCAGUAUGCAUCUGAAAAGCAACCCUUGCGUAAGAUGUGGACACAGUGAAUGUUUUUGGUGGCCAUGGUGAAGAUGAAUAUCCGGUUGACCUAACAAUUGCUGCUGGACAUUCUAAACAGGCUGUAUAUCACAGAAUUUUUGAGGAAAAUAGGAACACCAGUAAAUUCCCAAAAAGAGACCUACCAAAAUGUUAGCCCCCAACACACUGAAAGGCAUGGAAAUGCACGUGCUAUGCAGGUAAUUUGAAUCUGGAUAGAUUUUUUUUUUUUUUAAAUUGACUUCUUGUUAGUAAUUUUGUUUGUAAUGCUGCUUGGGUAGAAUCCUUUGCCUUUUCCCUUAGAUUGCUUUUAAAUUACAAUGGCUGAUGAUGCCAGCUGUGCAUUUGUGGACUUAGUUUUGUUCAUGCAUUGCUACUACAUGUCCUUUAGCAGGUUUAUUCUUGUAGGGGGGGAAGAUGUAUUAGGUAUUCCUUUACAGUCCAACAAUUA